GCGAUUUCCGGUCACACCCGGAAGCACGAGUUCGUGCUGCAGCUGGGACUGGUUGGCGGCUGCCGCCGUGUGAGUUUUCUUAGAACUGCUCACCGCGAAGCGAGUCUGCACCCGAUAUGUCCGGCAGAAACAACAACAAGCUGCCCAGCAACCUGCCGCAGUUACAGAAUCUGAUCAAGCGGGACCCCCCGGCCUACAUCGAGGAGUUUCUACAGCAGUAUAAUCACUACAAAUCCAAUGUGGAGAUUUUCAAAUUACAACCAAAUAAACCCAGCAAAGAACUAGCAGAGCUGGUGAUGUUUAUGGCACAGAUCGGCCACUGCUACCCCGAACAUCUGAGUAACUUUCCUCAAGAGCUGAAAGAUCUUCUCUCCUACAAUCACACUGCCCUGGAUCCAGAUCUUCGAAUGACAUUUUGCAAAGCUUUGAUCUUGCUGAGAAAUAAGAAUCUCAUCAAUCCAUCAAGUUUACUAGAGCUCUUCUUUGAACUUCUACGUUGCCAUGAUAAGCUUCUGCGAAAGGAUGAAGGACCAACAGCAAGAGACCUGCUAGUGCAGUAUGCUACAGGGAAGAAAAGUUCCAAAAACAAGAAAAAGUUGGAAAAGGCAAUGAAAGUGCUCAAGAAACAAAAGAAGAAAAAAAAGCCAGAAGUGUUUAAUUUUUCAGCUAUUCAUUUGAUUCAUGAUCCCCAAGAUUUUGCGGAAAAACUACUAAAGCAGCUGGAGAGCUCUAAGGAGAGGUUUGAAGUGAAGAUGAUGCUCAUGAACCUCAUCUCCAGAUUAGUAGGAAUUCAUGAGCUUUUCCUCUUCAACUUCUAUCCCUUUGUGCAAAGGUUUCUGCAGCCCCACCAAAGAGAAGUAACAAAGAUUCUUCUGUUUGCCGCACAAGCGUCUCAUCACCUGGUACCCCCCGAGAUCAUUCAAUCAUUGCUCAUGACUGUGGCCAACAAUUUUGUUACCGACAAGAACUCUGGGGAAGUCAUGACAGUGGGGUAUGUAGAACAUACAUACAUGGCAGAAGAUGUCUUUAAUGGAUCAGGUUUGCUCUGUGUUACCAAGAUAAAAGAUUUUAGCUGGCAGUGUCUCAGCGCCAGUCUCAGCGAGGAGGAGGAGGGUGCCGACGGUGAAUGGGUCGAUGUGCGCCACUCUUCAGAUGAAGAACAGCAAGAAAUCUCCAGGAAGCUGAACAGCAUGCCCGUGGAGGAGCGCAAAGCCAAAGCUGCCGCCGUCAGCACUAGUCGAGUUUUAACUCAGGAAGACUUCCAGAAAAUCCGCAUGGCCCAGAUGAGGAAAGAACUUGACGCUGCCCCUGGGAAAUCCCAAAAGAGGAAAUACAUUGAAAUCGACAGCGAUGAGGAGCCCAGGGGCGAAUUACUUUCUCUUCGGGACAUCGAACGCCUUCAUAAGAAGCCAAAGUCUGACAAGGAGACGAGACUGGCAACCGCAAUGGCCGGAAAGACAGACCGAAAAGAAUUUGUGAGGAAGAAAACAAAAAUGAAUCCAUUUUCCAGUUCCACAAAUAAAGAGAAGAAAAAACAGAAGAACUUUAUGAUGAUGCGGUAUAGCCAGAAUGUCCGGUCAAAAACCAAGCGUUCCUUCCGAGAGAAGCAGCUGGCGCUACGAGAUGCACUUUUGAAAAAGCGAAAAAGAAUGAAGUAACUUCCAAGCAAGUUUUCCAUUCCAAGGAGAAUGGCUAAGUUUGUGUCAUUACUUUGAGAAUUAUUAAAUCAAGCAUGUUUGUUUACGUUUAAAAGUCCAGAAGCACUAUGUUGUGAAAACCACAGUAGAUGUGGCAGCAAUUUUGUGUUUUUUAUUUUGGCAGUGGGUAAUGGUGGGAGUGUUAAGAGAUGUAAAUAGCAAUGGUGUUGUAAAAUCAUUUUAUUUAACAUUCAUGCAAAAAAA